CCAUCUUGACAUUUGACAACAAACAAUAAGUUCCGGUCGCUAUAAGGAGACCAAUUAUAUUAAUUAAUAAGAAAAAAUGGAGAAGAAAAUCCUAACCGAGACAGCAAAGUAUCUCCAAAGUAGUAAAGUGAGGACUACAUUGGAGGACAACAAGGUUGUUGUUGAAGUUGGAGGAAAGAAGACGGAGGGGUUUGUCUGUGGUACUUUAAGUCUCGUUCGCUUGAAGAGGAAGGAACUUGAAGGCAACACUGUACUAGAAAAGUGUCUCACACAGCACUGGCUCACAUACUGCACAACUGACCUCUUCCACUGUCCAACCUUUGAGGCCUUGAAUGGAUGUCUGCAGCACAUUAAUAAAGAAUUGUUGAACCGGUCAUUCCUGUGUGGCUACGCUCCAACAGUUGCUGACUUGGUCGUCUUCCUCGCACUUCAUCCAUUCAUGUGCAGCUGGAGUUUCUUACAGAAGGAGCAAUACAUGAACAUCUCCAGAUGGUUUAAUUCGAUGCAAAAAGAUGAGACCCUUAACAAGACGUACACACCAGUACAGUUCUCGCGCACGUUGUUAUACGAUACCACCGGCAGGACGCACUGAUACUUGCUUUUUAUUUAACUUGACAGCAGAGAAAAGAACAGGAAAAUGCUUGAGGAUGGUUCUGUCAGACAAUCCUGAAUGAAAUUGGAAUGAAAGUAAUUUAUCUCUAUGGUAUUUAUUAUUUAAUAGAAUGUACUGUAUAUUUAUUAGCAAGUUUAUUAUUAUUUUGUAAUAUUUGUGGUAAUGAUCAGCUGAGGAACUCCCAUUUUCCACUAAAUGAUGUCAUAGUUUUCUGAGGCAACAGUACUGUAUUAGGUGCUUUUAUUCCUUCAAUUGAAAGUUACCAUUUUAGUGUACUGUACUGUAUGACUUCUAGUACUGUAGUCGAUCAAUUUGUUCUUAAAAUAUCCAGAGAGACUGAAGGAGGUAAACUGUAGCCACUACAACCUGUAUGACACACCAGGCCCACCAAUCUUGCCUCACACUGUGUCUUGACUUAUAAGUUCACUGUAAGGGCUUCACUUGUGGUAUGGGACAACCCUAUACAUUAGUCCUCUCUCAAAAAAUGAAGCAAAUUACUUUUCAUUAAAUUAUUGUUAUUCAUAAACUGUGAAGACUCAGGUUUACUCCCCUCUUAUUCCAUUUGAUGGCUAAGAAAAUCACUUGUCAUAAAAAUCUUUAGUGUA